AUGCAUAAUGAUAUAAGUUUUAUUUUAACCGAACCCUUAUACAGAGAUACCGAUACCAAAACGAUAACUUUUCGAUUAAACAACUUGAACUCCCGGGUACCGAAAAUCCCAAACCCGUAUUCUGAAAAAAUAAUCUACGGGUUGGAAGUCGAGACGACCGGAGAAUCCAAUCGGAGCCAUACGCCGAAUCAGACGUGCUUUGGAACCCAAAAUAAAUUAUCAAUCGAGACGAAGCAGGCGCCUCAGAUCCCGCGUCGCGGUAUCAUCCAACGGCCGGAUUUCACUGCCGAAGGCAGAGGGAGAGCGCGUGGUGACGGCGAUAGGGAGAAAGCCGACCCGGCGUACACGUCGUGGAAAGACGGCGGCGACAGGCGGAUCUGCUUCGGCAUCAUAUCCGGUGACUCCGGUCCGAUCCGGCUGGUCCCCAGAAACGCCAUAUCGUCCUCCGGGUUUGAUUUUCCGCCCUUCAUUUUGGACGCCAACGAAUCAAGCGACUCGCCCCUCCUAAGGAGGGUCACCUGCCCCAUCACGAGGCUGCCGCCAACUCCGUCGUCCUUCCGCCGUACCUCCGUCGCGCCGCCUUGGGUUACCUUCUUCGUCCCGCCGUUUACCGCCGUAGCGGUGGAUCUUUUCUUGUCGGGACGGGGAGAUGCUUUUUUGUGGGCCACGUUGUAA